AUGACCUUCCUCACUUUGACACCUUGGCUGCGUCGUAAUGCCUAUGACGAGGAUGGGAGGGUCUGGUACGAGGAAUGGCAGCAAAGUGAAGAAGGUAUCAGCAGGGCCUCCUCGCCCGAGUACCCCGACCGUGGCCGCCUCCAAGGUGACGUCCCCUCCCUCGGCUGGAACAAGGGUCGUGGCUUCAUCCGCGGCCCCAUCCCCGACUGCGGCCACAGCUCCCAGGGCGACGCCUGUGGUGAGGGCGCGAAAAACGCUGGCGCACAGGACCGUGCUGUCUUCCCUGCUGGCUCGACCGAUCGCUGCCCCCCGAGUCGCAAGAGGGGUCGAGAGGCGCCGAGUACCGAGGCCGCACCGGCCCAGAAUGCCGUGGCUGAGACGGCAGCCUUGAAGAGGCCGAGAAGAAGGACCCUCUUUGCCUUCUCGGAGGGCGGAGGUGAGGAAGAAGUCCCCCCUGUGGUUGUGAGUGAAGCUCCCCCCGUGACCGAUGAAGUGGUGGUCGAGGAGGAAGCAAUGACCGAGAUUCCGGUCGAGGAAAUAGCUGCUACCGAGAUGUUAGUCGAAGAGGAGGCCGCGGGCGAGAUGGCGAUUGAGGAGGCGGCCACUGAUGAGGUGGUUGAAAUGCUGGACGCUGAGACUGCGUCUGUAGAAGGGCCACCUGUUGAAGGGAUUGCCGACGAGGCCACCGAAGAGUCUACCGCCGAGGCGACCGAAGAGGCUGCCGAUGAGGGCGCCGAGGAGGCCAUCGAAGAAGCCGCUGAGGAAGCUGCCGAAGAGGCCGCCGAGGAGGUUACCGAAGAGACUGCCGAAGAGGCCGCUGCAGACGUGCCUGUUGAGCCGUCGCCGUCCAUCCCUCAUCGUCCAAGCGGCAUUGUCUUCCAUUCG